CGCCGCGCUGUCACCGCACGUCAGGCGCGCGCGGGGCGCAUCGGCUGGUUACGCGCAGCCCUGAGCGGGGGCGGCCGGCGCCAUGGAGGCCAAGCCGGCGGAUCUCCUGCUCUGCGACAGCCUCAUCCUCUGGUUGCAGACAUUCAAUACUGCUGCACCUUGCAGAGACGUUCAGGACUUGACUAAUGGGGUUGCCAUGGCACAGGUGCUUCACCAAAUAGAUGUUGCUUGGUUUGAUGCAUCUUGGCUAAAUCGCAUUAAAGAUGAUGUUGGUGACAACUGGAGAAUAAAGUCCAGUAACCUGAAGAAGAUACUGCAAGGAAUUAUGGACUACUAUCAUGAGUUCUUGGGUCAGCAGAUUUCAGAGGAGCUGAUUCCAGACUUAAACAGGAUAUCUGAGAACUCGGACCCCACUGAACUGGGCAGGCUUCUGCAGCUUAUUUUAGGUUGUGCAGUCAACUGUGAAAGAAAACAAGAACACAUACAAAACAUCAUGACCCUUGAAGAGUCUGUUCAGCAUGUUGUCAUGACUGCCAUUCAAGAGCUCAUGAGCAAGGAAAUAACGAGUCCUUCCACAACUGAUGCAUCAACUGAAAUGGAACAGCAGCUUAAAAAAGCUUUGGAAGAUCUUCAGGAAGCACUAGCAGAAAAAGAGGAGUUGGCACAAAGAUGUCAAGAGUUAGAUUUGCAGGUGGCUGCCCUCCAGGAUGAAAAAAACAGCUUGAUGUCAGAAAAUGAGAUUAUGAAUGACAGGCUGGAGCAAUUAGAUGACUCCCCUGAUGAUCCAAAUACUGCGGUUGCAAAAAAGUAUUUUCAUGCACAGCUGCAGCUGGAACAACUGCAAGAGGAAAACUUCAGGCUGGAAGCUGCAAAAGAUGAUUAUCGUGUCCAUUGUGAAGAUCUAGAAAAACAACUGAUUGAACUGCAGCAUAGAAACAAUGAGUUAACCUCUUUGGCAGAGGAAUCUAGAGCCUUGAAAGAUGAAAAUGAUAUUCUGAGGACUACUGCUGACAAGGUGAGCAAACUGGAAUCAACUGUGGAAGUAUAUCGUAAAAAGCUGCAGGAUCUGAAUGACUUUCGCAGACAAGUCAAAUCGCUGCAGGAAACCAACAUGAUGUAUAUGCACAAUACAGUCAGUCUGGAAGAUGAGCUGAAGAAAGCCAAUGCAGCACGUGCCCAGCUAGAAACCUACAAAAGGCAGGUCCAGGAGCUUCAUAACAAGCUGUCUGAUGAGUCCAAAAGAGCUGAUAAGCUAGCAUUCGAAAUGAAGCGACUUGAAGAAAAACAUGAGGCUUUAAUCAAAGAAAAAGAGAGACUGAUAGUACAGUGUGACACAUUAAAAGAGACCAAUGAAGAGCUCCGGUACUCACAGAUGCAGCAGGACCACUUGAGUCAAACAGGUGCAUCGAGUGUUAAAAGCCAUGAGAAUCUUGCUGCUGAAAUUCUGCCAGUGGAAUAUAGAGAAAUGUUUAUUCGGCUGCAGCAUGAAAAUAAGAUGCUCCUAUUAAAACAGGAAGGAUCAGAAAAUGAACGUAUUACAGAGCUCCAGGAACAGCUGGAGCAAAAGCAUCGGACAGUGAACGAACUGGAGACUGAGAAAAGGCUAAAUGAAGAGCGCAUUGGGGAGCUACAGCAGCAGAUUGAAGAUCUGCAAAAGACUUUACAGGAGCAGGGACCCAAGACUGAAGGAUCUAGCAACCUGAAGCAGAAGUUGGAAGCACAUAUGGAAAAAUUGAAUGAAGUUCACGAUGAGUUGCAGAAGAAAGAGGCUGAUCUUGCAGAACUCCAGCCUGAUGUCAACCAGAACCCCCAGAAGAUUGGAGAGCUGGAAGCAGCUUUGCGGAAGAAGGAUGAGGAUAUGAAAGCAAUGGAGGAAAGAUACAAAAUGUACCUUGAGAAAGCCAGAAACGUGAUAAAAACCUUAGACCCCAAGCUAAAUCCAGCAUCAGCAGAAAUUAUGUUGCUCAGAAAACAGAUAACGGAGAAAGACAAAAAAAUUGAAGCACUAGAGGCUGAAUACAAACUUGCUAAGUUACGUGAUUAUGAGGAGAAACUGAUUGUAACUGCCUGGUACAACAAGAGCCUCAGUCUUCAGAAGCUGGGUAUGGAAGCACGACUGGUUAGCAACGUCUGCGGAGAUGGUCCCGGACGCUCCUUCCUGGCUCAACAACGUCAUGUCACCAACACCAGAAGGAACCUCACUGUUAAAGUACCAGGUGCAACAUCUGAUUGAACCACAAGGACCAAUAAAGAAAACCUAUAUGCUAAAGUGUCCUUAAAUGUUUAUACCUUCCACUCUAACUGCUACUUGGUGGAAGAGAAAGGUGAGAAUGGUGGACAACUGCGAAUUCAACAUCAGAACCUAUCAAGAAGUAAUUAAGUUGGAUCAAUGGCCUAUCUAGAAGGUAGCACAUAGUUUUCCAAGUAGAAGUAGAUUUAGUAACUGCAGUAUGUAUUUACAAGCACAUCUUAAAGAUUUAUAUUUGCCUUCAGAAUAUAUUGUAAAUAUUAAAAUUGGCACUAUAUAUUUAAAACUUUAUUUAAUGGGUUUGGGCUAGAAAGUUCACUUUUGUAAUGGGAAGGAAGAUGUUAUGCAAAAAUGUACUUCAGGAAAAUGGUACUAUUGGACAUUUUUCCUGGGCUGUUCUACAAAUAAAUUUAAAAGAUUGGUACCAGGUUUUAAGAUAAUACUUUUUUUAGAAUACAAAGUACAAUUUUAAAAGCAAGGAAAUACUUGCAUUUAUAGAAGAAGAUAAAAGAGGUGUAGAACCAGUUGACUGGUUAUGAAACAGAAGACUGGAUUUGUUUUGUCAUCUCAAGUGAGAAGCAGGAUUACUCAGUUCAUUGAAAACAGAACAGAUUUAAGUUUGUGAGUAUAUACAUUAAGGAAAGCCUGUCUUUAGGAUGUUGAAUUCACAUAAGCCAAAUAAGCUCGUCUUUUCCUGUGUAAGAAAAAAAAGCUGUCAUAAUUAUUCAAAUGUCUGGGCUAUGUUUUAAAAGUCUGGCAUAUUGGUAGACUGCAUUUGUUUGCAGAAAGGGGGUUAGGUGGGAGGGAACCCCUUAUAUUUCCAGCUAUUUAUACAACCCUGUGCAUACAAAUCCAUUUGCCUCUUUCUUUAAAUGUAGUUUCACUUCAGGUACUGUGAGCUAACUGUGCUAGGCAGAUGAACGAAAGAUGGCUUUGCUAGUUGUUGGCAGCAAAGAUUGAUUGGCAGGGGGAAGAGUGCAUAAACACUAAUAGUUUUGCAGUGUCUAGAUUGAAGAUGAUCAAAUGGGGAUUGAUAUCUGGAACUUGCAUGUUGGAGGUUGCUGUCAUUCGCAACGUUUGUCCCUUCCUUUAGCUAAUGUCUUCUGCUGUGAACAGUGGCGCUCUUAGGAAACUUGCUCAUGUCCAUUGUUGUACACAAACUGUCUAGAACAAAUUAAUUGUCCCCACAGUUAAAGAAAAUAAAACUACUACAGCCCUUAAAGUAAGUACGCUGAAGUAUUUCAGGGUGCUGCAGCAGUCCAUGAUCUAAUGUGAAACUCAACCACGAGUGGAAUGAAGGCCUCUCUCUACACCAUUAAGGCCAUUUUUUACUCGAGAGCAGGUUCAGCUUUGCAGAAUUAUUUUGCUUUGAAUAGUGAACUAUGAAUAUUCAUCUAUUUUGCUUCCCCCUCAGUAUUGCAUGUCAUUUGUUUUCUUCCUUCCCCAACAUCUUCACUUCUUUGUUUGGCAUUGCAUGCAAUGCUCGAGAAAAGGGAAGCGUUCAUGUCUCAUGCUUGACGUUGCUGCUUGGUUGUGACGGUGGUUUUACAGUGCUGUAUACUUUGGUGUUCAACAGAGACUUCCUCUUUCAAAACCUGUGUCUACACAAGGCACUGUGUAAAAGCCAAUCUCAUGCUACGUGUGGUGUGGGCAGAGAACACGCCAGACAAGCUGCUGCUGGACAGUUUUGUCAGUCAAGUUGUGUUCUGCAGGACUCGGUGCUUCUUUGGACUACCUCUUGGGUUUUGAGGUCUUUUGUGGUACUACUGGGACUUGUAUUUUUUAAGAUAGAAUUGCUUGUUUGAUCAGCUAGUGGUGUGGGAGAUGGUGGCAAGCAGUGAACAGGAGACUUAGCAAAGAUGCUUAUGUUUCUAAAGCCUGGUACUUUGGUGUGUUCUCGUGAUAAGUGUAACUGUCACUGAUGGUGUUGAAUGGGUCUCUUAACCUUACAGCAUGGAAACUUUCAUAGACGUCUUUCAAGUACUCAUCUAGUUAGUAGGCUUGAUGCAUUUGUACUUCUCACAGUAGUAGAGCUGUAUCGGUAGUUAUAUCAGGUGCUGAAUAGUGAAAAACGUGGAGCAAAUGUCUUUGAUGUACACUUCUCAAAACUGCAGACCCUGGGACCAAAAAUGACCAAGAACCUCCCUGUCGUUGAAUUACAAGUUGUCCUAUGACUAAUGAUGGAAGAACUUAAAUACAGAGCUGCAGAGAGGGCUCAGCCUUUUCUGGGGAAAGGGAGUCAGGUAUUAGAUGAAAUGUUACUUCUUUGGGACUUUUCCAAACUGUUAAAAGUUAAGCCUGUAUAGGUAAGUGCAGCAUUUCUUUGGAAUUGAGAACCUGUUGAAGAGCAACUGUUUCAUAACUGGUUAAACUGGGGUUACAUCCUGGGAAGGAGGAGGUGAGCUGUAUUAAAAUGUAUUUGAUGAUAAGCCAUGGUGUUGUGUUCACUUGAGCUCAUCUGGCUGUGCAGAAAGGCUCAUUAGAGUGAAGAUCAUUUGAAUGUAAACUUCAUUCAUGUCCAACAAAAGCAACACUGCCAGUGUUGCUGAGUUCCAGCUCGGCUGUGUCCAGCACGGAGCAGCAGAGCAAUGGCAGUAUGGCAGUACAAUGCUCCUGGGUGCAACAUGUUCCACUGCUGGGGCAGGACAAAGAAAGAGGCCACUUGUCUCUGCUGCAGGAUGAAUUUGUGCCCUGCCCAGACAGCACAGAUAGGACCAGAUCCAAACUGUGAGAUGAAAUCUUUGAGUAUUGCUGAAGUUACUCAGUGUUAUUAGGAGCCUUUAGCCAGUUUCCAGUAAAACGGGUAAUGUAAAUCCAAAGAAACAAACAGGUGUUCUGAUGGACAUCUCACUUGUUAAUAUUGUUUUUUAUAUAAGCCUAAGAAUAACCAUCAGGAAGAGAAAUGUUUUGUAGCAAUAAUACAAAUUUUGGACUUAGUAGGUUCUUUUCCUCGAGGUGGAUCAGGCAGCAGUUUUGAGAAGAUUCUUUUGCAGCAACUGUAUUAUAGUGGAUUAAGAAACACUCACUGGGAAGAAAAUGUCACCUAACUUGAUUCUUUUUUUUGGUUCAUUAAACAUAUAUAUAUAUAUAGGUAUUCUAUUUUCUACAGUAUACACCUACUUGGAAAUAAGAAAUAUAAGCAAUACUGAUGUUUUAUUUAGGUAGCCAUGAGUAGUUUAGGAAUUAGAAAAUUAAAAUAAUUGUUUGAAAGCUUGUGAUGUCUAGUAAAGUAAUUUUCUUAACUUUGUUUUGCUUUUUUCCCUUCCCCUCCCUCUAGUCAAGCUACAGUUAAGGUCUUCAGUGUAUCAGUGUCUACAUCUUCUGUUUGAAACGAGUGUAAACACUGUGUUGCUUAGAACUUGAAAAAUUGCACUACUUUUUAAAC